AUGCCCCAAUUGUAUUCCCUAUUCCUUUUAUUGCUCCUCUUUGCGAGCACUUGUCAUGGUAAGGAUCUCCUUGAGAUCUAACUGCUCCAAGCUCAUUUUCAGCCGGUCCUACCAUCCUCAUCACCGGCUCGACGACUCAAAAUGCAGCCAAGGAGCAGUUCCUCGGCGACUACGUUCCUCAAUCUGUUGUGAAAAGUGAGUGUUUGAUAGUAAACUCUCUUCAAUCGAAAAGAAGGAAGAGGAAGGGAUCCCGCGCUCAUAACACAUCUGUUUUACAAACCGCCCACACUAUCGGCUCGGCGAGCACCAACGAAACUACUGCAAAGUGAAUGAGAGAUAACGCGGGAAAACAAGACGGGGAACAGAUGCCGAUCAAUCUUUUUGACAACUCUAUCUAUCCAGUCGGGCAAAACUGUUGACGUUGAAACUUUUAUUUUGAAACAAACGAAAAACAUCUGGUCAUGUUUCCAUUUUAGAUGCCCAAUCCACUCGCAAGAACAUCGUGGUUUUCCACAGAGAAGAAUUGGAUAAUGUUCACGGCGUUCUCACCCGGCGAAUCGAGCAGUUCGGAGGAGUUCAGAUCGACAAAAACGUAUCGACCAUCGUCUACACCAAAACCAAAUACGACUCUCUGAACUCCGAAGAACUCGAAGCACUGGAAGUCCUGCUCAGAACCGAAAGAUCGCUUUAUGUGGUCGAUUUCGAUUCGGGAAACGAGCCAAGUUGGACGGACGUUGCCGAUUGUUGGGCAACUUCCUCGGUUGCCUCCGAUUCAUCGAACACUGUCUACUUUUGCAACAAGGUAAACAACUAAAUAUAGGGAAACUUGCAAAAAAAUAGGCUUUCAGAAAGACGCUCUCCCGCCAUUUUCACUGAAAACCGCUCAAAUUCCAAUUGAAAAGAAAGUCUUCACUCCGAUCGCAUCCAGCUUCUUCGUCAGUGCCGCUAACAAAAAGUAUCGUGUUGACAAGAAAAAGGUAUUCUAAAAUUAUCAACUUUUCAAUUCACAGUCCUAUUUUCAGAUGGAAGAAGAGCUGGAGGAUGAGAUCCAAGAUAUUGUCGAUGAGACAAUGAAGACGGUCGAGAGGAGGAAGAAGAACAAAAAUGAUGAAGAUGAUGAUGAUGAUGAUGAGGAUGAAAAUGAAUUCGACAACAAGCACGAUCCGAAACGCGAUCACCGUCUCCACUGCAAGUACCGCAAGACGUGUUACGAGACCGGAAAGCGCGGCCUCAUCGAGCCAUACGACUUCUCGAUCGAUCAUCUCUUCCACUUCUGGAGAGCUCCCGCCUCCCAGCAGCAUCAUUUGCCUAAGACCGAGGAUGCCGAUCAGGACGGAGUGCCAGACUCGGAAGACGACGAUGUGAACCUUGCGGAUCGCAAACUCGUGUGCAAGUACCGUACCACUUGCUACAAGGAGCACGACAUCCCGUUGAGCGACAAGCAACAGGAGAAGGAACGGAGUUUCAUCUCAGCCAAACUUCAGGCACCACAGGGAAAGAAGCGAACACUCAAGGACAUUGCUGAAAAGGCUGUGAGUAAAGUAAAGGAAAGAGAAGAGGAGGUCAAGACGCGGCCACUGCCGAACUCGCUGAUUGUCGAGAAGAAACUCCAAGCGAUCGAGGAUCAGCUGCAGAAAAAGGUCGGUUGCAAGUACCGCAAGUCGUGUUACGAAACUGGCGAGCUGCCGGACAUUGACGACUCCAGCUUCACGUUCAAAAUCCCAUUCCUUUCAUCCGGAGACGAUGAUGAUGAUGACGACGACGAGAAGGAGGAGAAAUCGUUCGGUGAGAUGGAAGAUUUAGAGAAGAAGCACUACUGCAAGUACCGCAAGUCGUGCUACGAAACAGGAGAAAAGCCAGAGAUCGAGAACGAGCUGGUGGUUGAGUCUUUCCACGAUAUUCUAGACGUUCCAAACAUCGUGGAGACCCGAAAACUUACUGUUCAGGAGAGGUGCAAGUACCGAAAAUCGUGCUACAAGACUGGCGUUCUGCCCGAUCUGAGCCAAGACGACGAGCACAUCGAGAAAGUGGCCAACAAGGAAGUGAGCUCGAUUGUCCCGUCGACCGUUCAGGACUUGAAGACGUUGUGCAAGUAUCGCAAGUCGUGUUAUCAAGAGAUUAUCGAGGCGCCGAGUGUGGACACUGUUCAAUCGAUUCGGAAGAGACGACUGAUCGAGAAGGAGGUCAGGAAGAGAAGAACUCGCCGUCAUAGAAGACUUCACAAGCGACGUGCGAUGAUGAGCAGAUACGGGAUGACGAGUGGACCGUCCAGCAAGUACGAGAAGGUUGAGAAGACGCAGAAGGAACUGCAGGACAUCGCCGAUGCUCGCGAAAGUCGAAAGGAUGUUCUGGCGCCGAAAUCCAUCAAGAUUCAAGUUAAGAAGAAGGAAAAAGCUUCAAAGAUUGUUCAAGAAGCCCCGGAAGCCCCGGAAGCUGAUGAGGAUGAUGAUAAGGAGCCAGAACCAGAGCCAGAACCAGUCAAGAAAAACAAGAAGAGCUCGAAGAAGGAACCGGAGCCAGAACCGGAACCAGAAGAGGAUCCCAAACCAGAACCCGUGAAAAAGUCAAAGAAGAGCUCGAAGAAAGUGAAGGAACCAGAGCCUGCGCCCGAGCCUGAAGAGGAAGAAGAGCCGGUAGUUGUUGCCGUUCCAGUUCCAGUUAAUUUGUCCUCCAAGAAGAGCAAGAGAAGCCUAAAGAAGGCGAAGGAACCGGAACCUGAAGACGAACCAGAGCCAGCAGUUGAAUAUGAACCGGAAUCAGAGAAGGAGGCGGAGCAAGAGCCAGAACCAGAGCCAGUGAAAAAGAACAAAAAGAGCUCAAAGAAGGCCAAAGAACCGGAACCAGAGCCAGAGCAAGAACCAGAACCACCAGUCAAAGUUGAGAAGAUAUACAAAGAGAGUGCCGAGCCUGAGUUUGUUGAGAAGAGCAGAGAAAAAGAGGAUGAUGACGACGAUGAUGAUGAUGACAACGAGUUCGACAACAAGCACGACCCAAAACGUGAUCACCGUCUUCACUGCAAAUACCGUAAGACUUGCUACGAGACGGGAGAGCGUGGGCUCAUUGAACCGUACGACUUCUCCCUCUGGCAUCUCGUGCACUUCUGGGCCGCCCCUCCAUCUCAGCAGCAUCACAACUACGGAAAGCACAAGGAUUCGGACGGCGAUGGUAUUCCGGAUCUUGAGGAUAAGGAUACUGCCAUGUCGUAUCGGAAGCUGUCGUGCAAGUAUCGUCCAUCUUGCUAUGAGCAGUACGGACUGCCGGUCGAUGAGAAGGUUCUGGAGAGGGAGCAGAAGCGGACAGUCAAAGAUGAUUCGGCAAAAGACGACAACGACGAUGAUGAUGAUGAUGACGAUGACAAAGAGAGAAAAAUUUUUUUGAGCGCCGCGGAUCGUCGUCUCGAAUGCAAGUAUCGUAGAUCAUGCUACGAUAGCGGAGUCUUGCCGAGCAUUCAGCAGUGGAGUGAGGCACCAGCUCUCUUUGAAACCAUCGAGAUUAGCUCGAAAAAUCUGAAAAUGGAAAAGUGCAAGUACAGAAAGUCUUGUUACGAAGCCGCCGGACUCAAUGACAAGGAAGCCGAAGUGACGGAGGAGGAGGAGCUCAAAAAGCCUCAUCUGAAGGAGAAGCUAAAGCCAGUGGAGCCACCGACGGAACGUCAUCACCACUCGAAGCACGGAAAGAAGAAGCAUCAGGAGCCGAAGGAGAGCGAAGAGGACGAUGACGACGACGAGAACGAGGAGCUAGAGGAGAAACCGAAGAAGAACAAGGAGGAGCGGAAGGAGGAGGCGGCGGUGCACAAGCAGACUGAUCAAGAGACUUUGGAGCAGGAGCACAAGGAGCUGCACUUGUCGACGGCCGAGAAGAGCUGGUGCAAGUACCGAAAGUCGUGCUACUCUUCGGUCGAACCAUCUGCUGCGAAGCAAGAUCACUCGGGAACGAUGGCCAGGAGAGGUGAGAUUUCACAAAAAUUAAGAUUUCUUAGUUGAAAUUCAAUAAUUUUGCAGCUGGAAGCGGUCAGAAAUGUCAUAUUUAUUACUUGUCGUGUCGCGAAACGAUGGGCCUUCCUCCCAAGGAGAAGGCGCCAAUGGGUCCGAAGGGCAAGCGGCUGUGCCGAAAGAAGAAGACCGACUGA